GGGGGCGGAGACGGCCGGGACGCCCCGGCGGCCCCGUGUGAUGCGGAACGCGGCGGUGGCGGCGGCGGCGGCGCGGCCCUUGCCGGUGGAUCGCCGUGAUCCGGUGCGGGGAGGUCCCCUCCGGUACCCCGGUGGGUGCCACCGGGAAUGUCCUCCCCGGCUCAGUCCACCGCUCCCGGCUCCUUCCAGAGCCCCCGGAGGCUCCCGAAGCGCAAGAGCCGCUUCAAGCGUUCGGACGGCAGCACCUCGUCCGACACCACCUCCAGCAUCCUCCGCAGGCAGGGCUCGGCGGACUCCUACACCAGCCGCCCCUCCCUGGACUCAGACGUGUCCCUGGAGGAGGACCGGGAGGGUGCCCGGCGCGAGGUGGAGAGCCAGGCCCAGCAGCAGCUCGAGAGGGCCAAGCACAAGCCCGUUGCCUUCGCCGUCCGCACCAAUGUCAGCUACUGCGGGGCGCUGGACGAGGAGUGCCCGGUGCAGGGAGCAGCCAUCAACUUCGAAGCCAAAGAUUUCCUGCACAUCAAGGAGAAAUACAGCAAUGACUGGUGGAUCGGGCGCCUAGUGAAGGAGGGGGGGGACAUCGCCUUCAUCCCCAGCCCCCAGCGCCUGGAAGCCAUGAGGCUCAAGCAGGAGCAGAAAGCCAGGAGAGCUGGCAACGCCUCGGGCCUCGGCGACAGCGGGAGCCGGCGAUCGCCUCCCCCCUCCUUAGCCAAGCAGAAGCAGAAGCAGACACAGCACAUCCCACCCUACGACGUGGUCCCCUCCAUGCGGCCCGUGGUGCUGGUGGGACCCUCGCUGAAAGGAUACGAGGUGACUGACAUGAUGCAGAAAGCCCUCUUCGACUUCCUCAAGCACAGAUUCGAUGGCAGGAUCUCCAUCACCCACAUCACAGCUGACCUCUCCCUGGCCAAACGCUCCAUCCUCAACAACCUGGGCAAGCAAGCAAUCCUGGAGCGCUCCACCACCCGCUCCAGCAUCGCCGAGGUGCAGAGCGAGAUCGAGCGAAUCUUCGAGCUGGCCAAGUCCCUGCAGCUGGUGGUCCUGGAUGCUGACACCAUCAACCACCCAGCCCAGCUGGCCAAGACCUCCUUGGCACCCAUCAUUGUCUACGUUAAGGUGUCCUCACCCAAGGUCCUGCAGAGGCUCAUCAAGUCCCGUGGCAAGUCCCAGGUGAAGCACCUCAACGUGCAGAUGAUGGCAGCUGACAAGCUGGUGCAAUGUCCCCCGGAGCUCUUUGACGUGAUCCUGGAUGAGAACCAACUGGAAGACGCCUGCGAGCACCUGGCUGAGUACCUGGAAGUUUACUGGCGGGCCACCCACCACCCCCCCCACGCCCCCCACGCCGUCCCCUCGCCCACCGGCCUCCCCGGAUUGCAGAGCCGGGAGCGGGGGGCACAUUCCCCCCUGGAACACGACAGUCUGAUGCCCUCGGAUGAAGCGGGGGACACUUCGCCCCAAACCUGGGGGGCCACUUCCCAGCGCAGCUCCCGACACCUGGAAGAGGAAGAGGAGGAAUACGGGGACCCUUACCCUGACCUCUACCAACCCCACAGACCCCACGGCAGCCCCACGGCACCCGAGCGCCCACCCGAGCGGAGCCAGGACAGGAACUGGCAGCGCAGCCGGCCCUGGGCCAAGGACAGUUAUUAGUGGGGGGGCUUGGGGGGGGCAAUUAGGGGUUGGGGGGCACGGCUGGGACCCGUUCCCCCUCCCCCCCCCCCAACCUGCCCCCAGCCCCACGCUGGGGGUGCUCAGACAAUCUCCUUCUCUCGGGGAAUCUCCUCCACACCGGCAGCUUCCUCACACCCGGACCCCCACCCCCCCCCAGGUCUUCAGCCAUAAAGCACAGGGUGAGGGGGGGGGGCUGGGGGUCAGGAUACCCUGGGACCCCCCCCUACCAAGGCUCUCGGGGAGCUGGAGGGGCCACACACCUUCUCCCUGCCUCAGUUUCCCCCCAUCGCAGGGCUGUCUCCAUUCCCCGCAGGGCAGCUGCCAUCAAGAGGGUGCCCCCCCCCUCCCCAAAAGACCUGCGGGUAAUGGGGAGGGGGAGGGACAGCAGUGUCCCCCAUCCCACGCAGACCUGAGGAAGAAGGGGAAGGUGCCCAUUUCUCUCCCCCCCCACCCCGGGGCUUGGCCUCCCCCCUCCCCUGCCCCUGCAUGGGACCCCCGGGAGGAGGGGGCCGCACCACCCGCUUUGCUCUGCACUGAUUUGUCCCCGUCACCACGGCCAAACUGCUUCAUGUGUGUCCCCCCCCCUCCAGAAGGGGACAGGGGACAGUGGGGAGGAGCAGCCGGACCCCCAGCUGGGGAGGGGGCUGCUCCACACCUGCACUCACUGCCCCCUCCCCACUCUCCUCCUCCCCACGUAGCUGUCACCGCACGUCACCGCAGUCCUGUAAAUACGGCACCCACUGCCCUCAGCCAAGGUGUGGGGGGGGUCUGGGUGCUGGGUUGAGUCCCCCACCCCGAGCUGGUGGGUGGGAGGGUCUGGGGGGGGCACAGAUUUGUUAUAAUUUUUUUUGUAGAAAGCACCAAUUUCCCUGUAACCAGUUUCAGAAACACAAGAGUGCUCAGAUGCGGUGUGUCCGUGUGUCUGGGGGGACAGGGGACACCACAGGGGGCUGGGGAUAGGGGGACACAGGGCCCGAUUCUGGUGGGUGCUGAAGACCCAAAGGCUCUCUUGACUGAGAGGUGACACCCAGGGGUUGGGGACAGCACAGAGAA